CUGCUCUCGCCAGGACACCGCCUUUUGGACUGGGGCUGAAUUCUGCCCUUUGAAGCUCUGCUCCUUGGAGCUGGGGGCCCCAGAGGUAGGCGGAGUUGAUUGGAGACCUGCCACCCACAUUCCGACCCCAAGCGACCUCCAAAAGGGCGGGGUCUCAGGCUGGGUUAUUUAGCUGGUCCACCCUUCUUCCCCACCAGAAGGAGCGAAACGUCUUUGAGCAAGAUGGGUCUCUACCGCAUCCGCUUGUCCACGGGGGCCUCGCUCCAUGCGGGUUCCAAGAACCAGGUGCAGCUGUGGCUGGUCGGCCAGCACGGGGAGGCGGCGCUCGGGAAGCGACUGUGGCCCGCACGGGGCAAGGAGACAGAAGUCAAGGUGGAAGUACCGGAGUACCUGGGGCCGCUGCUGUUUGUGAAGCUGCGCAAACGGCACCUCCUUCAGGACGACGCCUGGUUCUGCAACUGGAUCUCCGUGCAGGGCCCCGGAGACGGGGACGAGGUCCGGUUCCCUUGUUACCGCUGGGUGGAGGGCGACGGCGUCCUGAGCCUGCCCGAAGGCACCGGGGCGAGAAGAGGAUCUCACAAAAAGUCACUGGCCAAGCCCUCCCCUGUCCUUCUAGGCCGCACUGUGGGCGAAGACCCUCAGGGCCUGUUCCAGAAACACCGGGAAGAGGAGCUGGAAGAGAGAAGGAAGCUGUACCGGUGGGGAAACUGGAAGGAUGGGUUAAUUCUGAAUGUGGCUGGGACGAAACUAAGUGACCUCCCUGUGGAUGAGCGAUUUCUGGAAGACAAGAGAGUUGACUUUGAGGCUUCACUGGCCAAGGGGCUGGCGGACCUUGCUAUCAAAGACUCUUUAAAUGUUCUGACUCGCUGGAAGGAUCUGGAUGACUUCAAACGGAUUUUCUGGUGUGGCCAGAGCAAGCUGGCAGAGCGCGUGCGGGACUCCUGGAAGGAAGAUGCCUUAUUUGGGUACCAGUUUCUUAAUGGCGCCAACCCCAUGUUGCUGAGGCGCUCCGCUCACCUUCCUGCCCGCCUCGUGUUCCCUCCAGGCAUGGAGGAACUGCAGGCCCAGCUGGAGAAGGAGCUGGAGGGAGGCACACUGUUUGAAGCUGACUUCUCCCUGCUGGAUGGGAUCAAGGCCAACGUCAUUCUCUGUAGCCAGCAGUACCUGGCUGCCCCUCUGGUCAUGCUGAAACUGCAGCCUGAUGGGAAACUCUUGCCCAUGGUCAUCCAGCUCCAACUACCCAGCGCAGGAUCCCCGCCACCUCCACUUUUCUUGCCCACGGAUCCUCCAAUGGUCUGGCUUCUGGCCAAAUGCUGGGUGCGCAGCUCUGACUUCCAGCUCCAUGAGCUGCAGUCUCAUCUUCUGAGGGGACACUUGAUGGCUGAGGUCAUUGCUGUGGCCACCAUGAGGUGCCUGCCGUCCAUACAUCCUAUCUUCAAGCUUAUCAUUCCUCACCUGCGAUACACCCUGGAAAUUAACGUCCGGGCCAGGACUGGGCUGGUCUCUGACAUGGGAGUUUUUGACCAGGUGGUGAGCACUGGUGGGGGAGGCCACGUGGAGCUGCUCAGGCGAGCUGGAGGCUUUCUAACCUAUAGCUCCUUCUGUCCCCCUGAUGACUUGGCUGACCGGGGGCUCCUAGGAGUGAAGUCUUCCUUCUAUGCCCAGGAUGCACUGCGGCUCUGGGAAAUCAUCUCUCGGUAUGUGGAAGGAAUCGUGAGUCUCCACUAUAAGACAGACGUGGCUGUGAAAGAUGACCCAGAGCUGCAGACCUGGUGUCGAGAGAUCACUGAAAUCGGGCUGCAAGGGGGCCAGGACCGAGGGUUUCCUGUCUCUUUACAGUCUCGGGAUCAGGUUUGCCACUUUGUCACCAUGUGUAUCUUCACCUGCACCGGCCAACACUCCUCUGUGCACCUGGGCCAGCUGGACUGGUACACUUGGGUCCCUAACGCACCCUGCACGAUGCGGCUGCCCCCGCCGACCACCAAGGAUGCAACGCUGGAGACAGUGAUGGCAACGCUGCCCAACUUCCACCAGGCUUCUCUGCAGAUGUCCAUCACUUGGCAGCUGGGCAGACGCCAGCCCAUUAUGGUGGCUGUGGGCCAGCAUGAGGAGGAGUAUUUUUCGGGCCCUGAGCCUAAGGCUGUGCUGAAGAAGUUCAGGGAGGAGCUGGCUGCCCUGGAUAAGGAAAUCGAGAACCGGAAUGCAAAGCUGGACAUGCCGUACGAGUACCUGCGGCCCAGCCUGGUGGAAAACAGUGUGGCCAUCUGAGCGUCGCCAGCCUUUGGUUACUUCAGCCCCCCUCACCCAAGCCACAAGCUGACCCCUUGGUGGCUACAGUCCUGCCCUCCCAAGCCCCACACUCUUCCCAUGUCCCACCCUCCCUCAAGGGCCACCUUUUCAUGGUCUCUGCACCCAGUGAACACAUUUUACUCUAGAGGCAUCACCUGGGGCCUUACUCCUUUUUCCUUCCUCCCUCCUUUCCUAUCUUCCUUCUUCCCUCUCUUCCUCGUUCUUCAUUCAGAUCUAUAGGGUAAAUAGGCACAAUUAUAUAAACCAUUUCAAGGCUAGAAUAAGGGGAUAAUACGUAUUACUCCAUACCUUUUAUGAAUCAAAUAUGAUUUUGUUGUUGUUAAGACAGAGUCUCACUUUGACACCCAAGCUGGAGUGCAGUGGCGCCAUCACCAUGGCUCACUGCAGCCUCAGCCUCCUGGGCUCAAAUGAUCCUCCCUCCUCAGCCUCCCGAGUGGCUGGAACUACAGGCUCAUGCCAUCAUGCCCAGAUAAUAUUUUUUUAAUUUUUUAUAGAGAUGGGUCCUCACCCUAUUUCCUAAGCUGGAAAUAGGAUUUUGAACACAAAUUGAGUUUAACAAUAACAAAAAGUUAUUUUACACUAAAGAUGGAAAAGAACUAGGACUAAAGUAUUUUAAAUAAAAUAUUGGCAAAAGAA